CGGCUUCUGAAAAUCCUCCCAGGUCUGGAACAUGCUGUCAUCAAAUGCGAACUCGAAGUCGUUGAUCUCGAAUCUCGUCCACGAUUCGAGGCACUGUCCUAUGUCUGGGGUAAUCCGAACCCACCCAAUACCAUAGAGUGCAAUAAUCAGCCUCACUCUGUGACGCCAAACCUAGCACUUGCAAUAAGGCGCCUUCGCAUGCCGGAUGGGACAAGAGUCGUGUGGAUCGACGCGAUCUGUGUGAAUCAAGAAGACCUCAAUGAAAGGUCGCAACAAGUUCAGUUGAUGCGAGAGAUAUACAGCCAAGCUUGGAGAGUGGUUGUCUGGCUUGGUGAAGAUGAAGAAAGG